CCCGCAUUCGCACAAACAGCUUGAUCUUGACGCUCCUCCAUCAUUCACUUCCAAUCUAGUCCUGUCGGCGUGUUCUCGCGAGGUUUCAAGGCACAGGAGAGGGUUAGCCGAAUUCGCGCACUGGAAGAAGGAAGAGCUACGAAGGGGGAGGAGGAGUGGGGGGCGUCUGGAGAUUGUUGAACGAGUGGUGGUGGGGGUGUGUGAGAGUGAGCGAGAGAGCGCGCGAGCGUGCGUGAGGAGAGAGAGAGAGUGUAUGUGUGAGAGAGAGAGAGAGAGAGCGCGCAAGCGAGCAACCAGGGGAUCCAAUAUGGCAUCGGGCGAUACGUUGUACAUUGCGACCGACGGCUCGGAGAUGCCGGCCGAAAUCGUGGAGUUGCAUGAGAUCGAAGUGGAGACCAUCCCCGUGGAAACUAUCGAGACCACCGUUGUCGGAGAGGACGACGACGAAGACGACGACGAGCACCACCAGCCCAUGAUCGCUCUGCAACCCCUGGUGACGGACGAUCCGACUCAGGUUCACCAUCACCAGGAGGUUAUUCUGGUGCAGACCCGCGAAGAGGUGGUCGGUGGGGAUGAUUCGGACCUCCGGGCUGACGACGGCUUUGAGGACCAGAUCCUCAUCCCUGUGCCGGCCCCGGCGGCCGAAGAGGAGUACAUCGAGCAGACGCUGGUGACGGUCGCCGGGAAAAGCAGCUCCUCGUCAGGAGGGCGGAUGAAGAAAGGGGGCGGCAGCAGUGGCAAGAAAGCGGGCAAAAAGAGUUACCUGACUGGAGCUGAGGCAAGCGGCAGAAAAUGGGAACAGAAGCAGGUCCAGAUCAAGACCUUAGAAGGGGAGUUUUCUGUCACGAUGUGGGCAUCAGAUGACAAGAAGGAUAUUGACCAUGAGACGGUUGUGGAAGAACAGAUUAUUGGGGAAAACUCCCCUCCAGAUUAUUCAGAAUACAUGACUGGAAAGAAGCUACCACCAGGUGGAAUACCAGGCAUUGAUCUUUCAGACCCCAAACAGUUAGCAGAAUUUGCCAGUUUCGGAUCUCAGGGAGCCAGCCAGUACCUGAUCGUGCAGCAAGGAAACAAACCUGGACAGCAGAAAGGAGCGCAUUUCACAGAGUCAAGAAUGAAGCCAAGAAAAAUUAAAGAAGACGAUGCCCCCAGGACAAUAGCAUGUCCUCACAAAGGUUGCACAAAGAUGUUCAGGGACAAUUCUGCCAUGAGGAAGCACUUGCACACUCACGGGCCUCGUGUUCACGUGUGUGCGGAAUGUGGGAAGGCAUUUGUAGAAAGCUCCAAACUGAAGCGGCAUCAGCUUGUGCACACUGGGGAAAAGCCUUUUCAGUGCACGUUUGAGGGCUGCGGGAAGCGAUUCUCACUGGACUUCAAUUUACGCACUCACGUGCGAAUUCAUACCGGAGACCGGCCCUAUGUGUGCCCUUUUGAUGGUUGUAAUAAGAAGUUUGCUCAGUCGACUAACCUGAAGUCUCACAUCUUGACACACGCUAAAGCCAAAAACAACCAGUGAAAUGGUGCUGCAGACUUCCAGCUCAGUCCGCUCUUUGGUGCAGCAGCAUCUUCAUGGUGUCUAAACAAAACAAAAAAAAACACAAAAAAAAGCAACCUUUUCCUUUGUAUGUCCUUUCUUAGAAGAGUUUUAAAGAGAAAAAGAAAACACACAGAAAGUACUUUUCGAUAAGGUGAGGAAAAACAAACCCUUCAGAGACGACACUCUGCUGUUUCUCACCGCUAAUCCCAUUUAAAGAACACGCCGGUGUUUUUGUAAAAUGAUGAGAUGGACACAACGCGGUCCGUGCAGGAGGACGCCCAUCUGUGGACGGGUAUCAAAAGACAAUUCUUUAUACAAAUGUGCUAAACGAAAAGGAAAACAUUGGACUGAUUUUCACCUUUAAUUUACACCUGUCUGCAUAGAAAUCAGAUUGCUUUUUUAAUUUUAUAUCUUUCUAAGUGUGCAUAUUGUACACUUUCUUUGGGAUAUGCUUAGUAAUGCUAUGUGUGAUUAUAUUUUUUUCCCAAAAGGACUGAACUGUUCUUGUAUUGAAUCUUCUUGGAAGAGAAUUACCAGUUGCUGUACUUCACACAUACUUCAGAAGUAUUUUUUCUGUAAAAAGUUACAUAAGGUUUUUUUUGUUCUGUUUUGUUUUUUUUUUUUUGUUUGUUUUAUUAUUAUUUUUGGCUCCAAUUUGGUUGUAUUCUUUAUUGUUAACUCAUUUUUGUAUAAUUGUAUCGUAUAACUGUAUUGAAAUCAUGUAGACAUUAAUACCAAUGUGAUUUAAAUAGUGUUAAUUAAAACCAUUUUAGUCACACUUUUUAUUAUUUCCACCCCCUGCUGUAUGGCCCGAUGUCAAAGGCUCGACUUUUUCUUUUUUUUUUUUUUAUGGGGGGGACUUCAAGCCGAGUUCCCACGCCGCUUGUGCUCUCCCAGCAUGGGGCUCAGCGUCCAGGUAGUGGCACAGAGCUUAAGAGAAGGAGGACUGGAGGCUGCAAAAUGAGCACUUAGCCAACGUGAUUUUUUUUUUUUUUAUUAUUUUUAUUAUUGGGUUGUUCUCAUAGAAGAGGUGAGCUACACAGGACUGUGGCUCAGGGGUCCGAGACCCGACGCCAUCCUGCUGUGGAAUGCAAGGGUUGAGCCUCUCGAGCGCACAACGCUUCUGCCUGGCGUUUGCUGAAGUGGGUCUCGCCGGGUUACGUUCAGGUGAUGUUAGGAUUCUCCAGAGUUAAGAAUUUCUAUUGUUGGCAUAAGCCAUGAAAUUCUGCAGUUUUAUGUGCGCACGCACACACACACACACACACACACCCACACCUUAGUGAGAAUGCUGCUUUGAGUUUAAUGGGACAGACAGACAGACAGACUGCCUGGGAUGUGCCGAAGUGAGAAUGCCUGGCUGGCAUGCAGGUCCAAAUCCUGCCGUUUUUUUGUAUUUUUUUUGUUUAAAUCGGUUCACCAAUUUGCAUUACAGUAUGUGGGUCAUUGAACAUUUUUUUUUUUUUUUUCCAUUUUAUUUUCAAAAUGUUGUGUGUGCUUUGCUCUGAUUUUGUUCUGUAAUAAAGAAACCCUGCUUUAUACUUUGUCAUGACUGAAAAAUGUAUUUAAGACAUUGUGGGUCAAUCGCAGUGCACCUCUUGACGAGACCAUGAGAAGCUCAUCCGUAACCGUCCGCUCCAUUGCUGGAACUAUAAAGUGGGACCAGAGGCAGACAUGUCAGGUGUGUGGACCAGGUGAUGAUGGGAAAUCGUCAAGGGGCUCAUCCCAGAAAUCAAGAUAAGACCUGAGUAAGUAAAGUGUUUAUGUGCUCUCGGACAGCCGGGAAAAUUACAAGAUUCCGAGUCUGAAA